UGCUUUGAAAACGUCAGUCAGCCGACAGCUUUGACCACCCGUUGACCAGUCAUGCUGAAAACUUUGGGACAAGCUUUCUUCUCAGUUGGACUGCAGAACCCCAAAUUCACAGCCCAGGAGAAAAAGGGGCAAGACUAUGAGAUCCGCACCUACCACCCCACUAAGUGGAUGAGCACCUCUGUGAGCGGGAUGGACCUGGAAGCAGCCAUGAAUACCGGCUUCAGAAGGCUUUUUAAGUACAUCCAAGGCGAAAACAAAGGCAAGGUCAAAGUGGAGAUGACGGCCCCUGUGACGGGCCGCGUUGUCCCCGGAGAUGGUCCUGCGUGCGAAUCUCAGUUCACCGUGUCCUUCUACAUCCCAGAGGAGAAUCAGGACAAUCCACCGGAGCCGACCGACCCGGACGUGUUCUUGGAGCACAGGAAAGAGUUCACAGUUUAUGUCAGGACGUACGGUGGUUUCUCCAAUGCGACUGUGAAGCGUGAGGAGCUCCUGAAGCUUGUGGAGAGCCUGAAGAGGGAUGGCGUCCCGUACGUUGAGAAGCCGUACUACGUGGCCGGGUACGACAGCCCCUUCAAACUGACCAACCGCAGGAAUGAGGUCUGGAUCCUCCAGAAGGAAGAGGAGCAGUAGGAGAGUUUUAAAGGUCACACUGCACCCACACUCACUGCAACUAAAAAAUACUCAUGGUUAGGGAUAAAGGCUUGAUAAAUUGAAUGCAGUUUAAUAUCUCAAAUCAAAAAAGCAUGGUGAAUUAAGCUUUAAAGGUCAUAUUAACAGGCACUGUUAAUUACUGUUAACCCUCUCUGAUUAUGUCAGUUUUUUAAAAGUUACUGAAUGAGAGUCACUGUGAGUCUGGAUAAAAUGACCAAACACAUUCUAAAGUGAGCUCUAACAGGCUGUCAUUCAACAUCAAGAAGCUUAGGGGAAAGCGUGGCCACAGUGGGGCAAUAUUUCCAGCAGAGGGCGCCAAGUAGCUAGAAGACAUUUCUGUCUUUUGGUGCAUGUCCUUAGGACAGAAACCACAAGUGCCUCUUCACUUUGUAAUGAAUGACUGCACUCAUUUUCAGCUUUUGUUUGUGCACGUUGCUAAUUUUUGUUUAUUCAGUGAUUCUUAAAGGUUAAAAAAUACUUAAAAUUUUAAUUAUCUGGAUAAUGUUUGUUUACAUCUAAACCUUAAUGUAAGAAGAUUGUCUGCAAGAUGUGAAAAUUAAGGAUUCACAUCUUUAAAAUUCUGAGUGAGACAAAUCAAGUGGGCAUUUCAGCAAAAUCACAGUUGGUCUAGUAAAUUCAAAAGACCUGUGUGCAGAAAAUACUUGACUCAAGACUCGUAUUAGCUUUAGCUGACCCCUGGAAUAUUAUAUGUGCAGAGCUUUUGUAUGAAGGGGGGAUUCAUUUCAGUGACUUUGAAUGUAGUUAUGUGCAUGUGAGCAUUAUUUUCACAUUAAAACUGAGAACAGUUCUCAUGUCGGGGGAAGGUGGCUCUGCCUGCCAGGCUCACAAAAUGUUGGCAAAUCUAAGUUUAUCUGACCCUGCACCUCAUCUACUGUCACUGCUAUCACACCCGUUAUUGAUGAACAGCCGAGUCAUGUUGAAUCUAGACCAGUCACAUCGCUGACACCUCAUCAUCCAUCAUUUUUAUGUGCUACAAACAAAUGCCCCUGAUGAAUAAAUGAUUUUUGCUGCCUUGUGGUUGUAAGACUCUGGCAAAGCGUGACAGAUACAAGCUAACAUAGACAUGAUGCCUUUAUAAACAUGUUUACCUUUUUUUAAUACAUUAAAUCAUAUUGAUCUUUAUAUGUUUAACUCGUGGGAGAGAAAUUGUGUGUUUUUAAUCUUGAAGAAGGAUACUGCAUAAUUUGAUAAGGAAAAAAUGACAUAAGCACUGCACUAUGUAUGAAUCAUAGGAAAUAUUACUUCUAACUGAUGUUAAAUUUAGUAUCUCAUCAAUAAUAAAUAGAACUCAUCAUCAAA